UAACAUGUGUCUCAAUUGUUGUUCCAUUGCUACUGUUGACAUUAUGGACAAACACGGUGUCGGCGCAGCUGCCAUGCUUCCGCAAUUCCUCAUGGCACGUCAAAAACACAAAUAUUCUGACAUGUCCGAGCUCUGUCCCCACACCACGAUGUGAUAGCUUUGGCAAUGUCACUGGUUGUGAAUGUUAUCAGAAUAAAAUGACAAACGUUACCAAGAUAAAUUGCAGGAGAGCAAAUUUAGCUUCUAUCCCACACAUUGUGUCAAAUGAGACAUGGGAUGAAUUGGACUUUGGUAUGAACCCAAUCACGAGUAUUCCGGCAGAUAGCUUUAAUGGUGUUCGUGUGAAGCAUAUAACUUUCUUUGGGUGCCUUGAAUUGAAGGUUAUCAAGAAAAAUGCAUUUCGAGGUGCUUUUUAUGUUGAUUUUCUUGAGUUGACGAGGACUGGCUUGGAGACUAUAGAGGACUAUGCCUUCAAUGGGGCUGGGGAGAUGAGAAUUAUAAACAUGAUGAGCAGUAAUAUCACACAUAUAACUCAAUAUGCAUUUGAGGGCAUGCCCUUUCUCAAUACAACCCGUCUUGAUUUCAACUCAAUACAAGAAAUUCACCCACGGGCUUUCUCGAAGUUGGAUAAACUUCUUACAUUGUCCCUUUCGAAUAAUCUGGUAUCAAAAUUGCCAAAUGGCGUCUUCGAUGGAUUGUCAUCCCUAGAGUAUCUGAAACUAGCGGAAAACAGAAUAGAAGAAAUCCCCGACGGAACUUUUAAGCAUUUGAACAAAUUAAAAAUUCUGAACCUAUGGAAAAACAAAAUACAUUCUGUAUCCAGUGAGUCGUUCGAUGGCCUUUGUAAUCUUGAGCGCCUAAUAAUAAAGGCCAAUAAUCUUACAUCCUUGUCUGGUGAUCUUCUAAAGGACCUGUUGUCUCUUAUAGAUUUAGAUCUUUCAGACAAUCACCUUGAAACUAUCCCCGAUAACAUAUUCAGGAAACAACAAAACAUGUUGUUCUUAUUGUUGGCGAAUAAUAGACUCAAGGAUGUUCCGACUGCUAUCAAACAGUUAAAAGGCUUGGAGCAAAUUGAUGUAAUGAACAAUGAUAUUGAACAGAUUGGUCCAUUCUCGUUUGAUGGUUUGAACCUGAAAAGAAUUAAGAUUGGCACUCAUAAAACUGGAAUGAACAUCACAGACAAAAGCUUCUGUGGAAUUAAUAAAUCUCUGGAAUUGCUUGAUCUUUCAUUUUCAAGGAGAAUUCAGUUUACCGGGGGAUGCUCAUUGGUCAAUGUUUUUAACGAAUUUACAGAAGGACCUUAUCGACUGCUUGUUGACCUGUGGAAUAGUACUGUCGUCUGCAACUGUAACUUCCGAGACUUCCAAGUUUACCUAAACUGUAGUAACUCAACUGGUGAUAUGCUGAAAUCGUGUCGUAUCCGGUCUUUUAAUUAUUGGCACCCUCAGUGUAGCAAUGGUCAUUCUGUGAUGCAACAACCGAAAGAGCACUGGACUGGUUGUGCAAAUUACACAGUAAAUUGUACAGAUAUAUGUUACAAGGAAGAGGAGCUUACAACCGUUGGAAAUCCUACAACUGAAGUCACAACCGAUGUACGCGAAGUAACAACAAAUGCCACAUCACCAAUGACUAUGUUACCAGGGGAAGCUCCUUGUCCGAACAAUUGGCACAUUGUGACAAUUGUUGCGAUUGUUUGUGGCACAAUUGUUACAAUAAUUAUUGUAUGCGGUGUUGUGUAUUUGCUCAAGAAACGUAUUGAGGUGACCCAUCAGCGACAACAGCCCAAUAAUAUAUACAAUGAAAUAGGCCUAUACAAUACAUAAUAAUAUAUAGUCUAAGACUGGUCGUGGGUCAACAUAAUCCUGGAGUGGCCACCUCUUAGACACAUUCCUAGUUGUAUUUGAAUAAUUUUAAUGGUGGUUUCUGGUACAAAUUCAUUAAUUAAAAUAUUACAUA